CUUAUCACACUGAUUUUUAAGUUUAUAAGCUUAAAAAUAAUGUAACUACUUAAAAAUAGCCUUAAAAAGAUAACAUGGUACAAAGUCUGUGAAUUUCCCUGAAAGAAAAGGAAGUGUUUACCACUAUUGGAACUACAAAUAGUACCUGCAAGACUUUACUCAGGGAAUAAUCUCUCCACAGCUAAACGCAAGGCGCCGGGUUAUAGCCGCCCACAAAUUGUGCCUGAUUAUAAAAGAGGUGAAAAAAGUCUUUAAGGUAGUUAGUCUACUACACUCACUGUUUUUCCAAGCUGUAAAAGACCCAUAGAAAUAUUUGAACACUUAAAAAAAUUUUAUAGGCUUUAUUUUGUGACUUUGACUUUUUUUUUUUACACGUGACCCAGUUGUGUUUACGUGGGCAAACAUCUGCAGGCGUCUCCAUCAAAUCUUGUCAGCACAAUCAGCUGCAGUUAGCAGUAGCAAACCAACAACAACCACCUCAUCACUGUUCCUGCUGAGAUGAUCAACAGCCUGUUUCUGAUCAGCCACUCUGGAGACAUCUUCCUGGAGAAGCACUGGAAGAGUGUCAUUAGCAGGAGUGUGUGUGACUACUUUUUGGAGGCCAAGGAGAAGGCAGGGGACCCAGAGAAUGUGGCCCCAGUGCUGCAGACCCCACACCACUAUCUCAUCUCUAUCUACAGGGGCAAACUCUUCUUCCUCUCAGUUACCCAGACUGAAGUCCCCCCACUCUUUGUCAUUGAGUUCCUGCACAGGGUGGCAGAUACUUUUCAGGAUUACUUUGGGGACUGCUCAGAGGUUGUGAUCAAGGAGAACACGGUGACUGUUUACGAGCUUCUGGAGGAGAUGUUGGACAACGGGUUUCCUCUGGCCACAGAGUCCAACGUCCUCAAGGAGAUGAUAAGGCCUCCGACCAUCCUGCGGUCGGUCGUCAAUACGCUCACAGGAGGCAGCAACGUCGGGGGAACGUUGCCUACAGGCCAGCUGUCUAACGUUCCCUGGAGGCGGGCAGGUGUUAAAUACACCAAUAAUGAGGCUUAUUUCGAUGUGAUAGAGGAAAUCGAUGCCAUUCUGGACAAAUCGGGUACGACUGUCUUUGCAGAGAUUCAGGGUGUGGUGGAGGCCUGUGUGAAGCUCACUGGGAUGCCUGAUCUCACCCUGUCCUUCAUGAAUCCACGACUCCUUGAUGACGUGAGCUUCCACCCGUGCGUGCGUUUUAAGCGCUGGGAGUCGGAGCGCGUCUUGUCUUUCAUCCCGCCAGACGGAAACUUCAGGCUCAUGUCGUAUCACGUCAGCUCUCAAAAUCUCGUAGCCAUCCCGGUGUACGUGAAGCAGAACAUCAGCUUCUUGGAGACGGGUUCUUGUGGUCGUCUGGACAUCACAAUUGGGCCCAAGCAGACCAUGGGGAAGUCGGUGGAGAACUUGACGGUCACUAUUCCAAUGCCUAAAUCUGUGCUCAGCGUCAAUCUCACAGCCACUCAGGGAACCUACACCUUUGACUUAACAACCAAGGUGGUCCUUUGGGACGUCGGGAAACUUAACCCCCAGAAGCUCCCCAACCUGCGAGGAAGCAUCAGCAUUCAGACGGGCUCCCCGAAGCCUGAAGAGAACCCCUCGAUCAACAUUGGUCUGCAGAUACAACAGCUGGCCAUAUCAGGUCUCAAAGUGAGUCGUCUGGACAUGUACGGAGAGAAGUACAAACCAUUUAAAGGGGUCAAAUAUGUGACUAAAGCGGGAAAGUUCCAGGUCCGGACCUGAGCGAGGCUGGAAAGCUCAGCAUUCCGAUGCACCAAACAGGGGAGCGAGGGUUACCACACUGCCGAGUCAGCGACAAGUCUUACUAUCUACAUCUGCAUGGUCAAUAAUGAAGAACUCAGCAUUCUAACAGCUAUUUAUUACACUGCGUAAACCAUGCUUGGUAUUGUAUUUUAAAUUUACAUGACUGAAUAACUUUGACCUGCAAAGGGAAGCCUUAAAAUCAAUGUGAUUUCUGUUGAUUGUUGGGUUUAGAUGUAACGCAUCAUAUGGAGAAUUUUCCAUUUGCUGCACGCGUAUUUCUUUAUCUAACAUGCUCAAAAUGUUGCAGAAGGGGAAUAUUUUUUUGCUUUAAAAACAAGCUCCCUGCCUUGCUUUACGCGACAUCUCUUGAACUUGAACAUUACAGUCUGCGCGCUGCCUUAAGAGUUUGAAGGAAUACCUUUGAAAAGGUUUCUACGUGAUACUAGUUAGCGGAUUUUAUUAUAAUAAUUUCAGAUGAAACUUUGGGGAAAAAUGUAUGUACUGCCUACAUUCUGAGUGGUUGCGAUGCAGAUAUGUCUGCACACAUUCAGCGUUUAAUUCAGUGGCCUUGUGAGAGGAGUUGUAAGAGCUCUGUAAACACACACUACAGCACAAGCUGCAAGCUCAGGAGACUUGAGGGAAGUAUGUUGAAAACUGUAUUAUUUAAAGAACACAGUAAAAAUGUGACAUUGGGAUGGUGUGGGUCCGAUUUA